AUGGGUCGGGAAUACACUGUGUGCAAGGGCUGUGGAAAUUGGAUCUACACAGAUCUAAUCACGCAGGUCUACAAGGCCUUGGAAGGGGUAUGGGAACAAAUUCCCGAAGCUGCCCGUGUUGAACUCUCCAAGGCCGGUUUCAGGGCCCCGGUGGAGGACAAGUCGUCGGAUGAGGUGGCCCUUCUGGACCUAUUGCAGGCCCACAUUGGGGAUCUGCCAGCGGACGUCCAGACAGCGCUGCACAACAGGAACAAGGUUCCUGAUGUUCCGCCAGAAGAAGCCGCCAUAACAGCCACGAACGAGCUCAAAGGGGCAUCCACCAAGCUGCGGUCCUUAGGCCACCGCAAAAUUCGUCUCCAAGCCAAGAUUGACGAAUCGAAAGCCGCCCUCAAAGCGUUGUAUGUUGAAAUGCAAAACUUGAUGCAAGAGCUGAAAGCGGCUGAGGAAAAUAUGGAAACCCUUGCCAAGACCUUCCGGGACAAGGUACUUCAGGCGCCCGUUCAAGAAGAAGAUGAGGACUUUAAUCUGUCCGAGGUGCUUGGAAGCAUUGGCCUUUCCCUUGAUGAAGCCCAACUCCAAAAGGUGCGGGAUGCCCAGGCUCAGCACAAGCUCCAGCGAAGGCAGAAGGCUGCGGAGCAGCUGCUGGCCCAUGCCGGCUUCCCGCCUGGAUUGGGGGGGAGUCCUCCAGGUAUAGGGGGUCAGGCCAUUGCAGCCCAGUUGGAAGCCAUUGGGGUGACCCUGACCCCAGACCAAAAGAACAUGGUAAUCACUGGGCAGUGGCCCGGCCCCUCACAAACCAUCGACCUCAAGGCGGCAAUUGAGCAAGGAUGCCCCAACAUGGAAAUCGAAGACCUUGAGCUAAGACGAGAAGAACUUGAAGUGCAGCUUGAGCGCAAGCGACGCAAGCUGGCUACCCAAAGCGCCUCCCCACCCACCUCCGUCAAAGAAGGGGGCAAGGAAAAAGGGGCGAAGGGCCAGCUUUCUUGGUCCAAAGACGUUGAGAAGGCUAGCACCCGUGUGCCCUCCGCGAGCCUUUCAGGCACUCCCGAGUCUCAGGCUGUUUUGACCACACCAUCCAAGCCGGGGACGGAGGCCAAGGACCAGUCACUUGCUGCAUGUGAGGAGGAAUUGGUGGAACUGGUGGACAAAAUGCCAAUCCGCCAAGGGUCUCUUGAAGAAUGGGCGGCCAACCAUGCAUUGCAUCAACUGGCCACUCACAGAAACGAACCUAGUGUUUGUUUGGAGGCAAUUGCGGAUGCAAAAAGGCAGCCCAAAGACGAACCAGCAAAAUUUGAAAUCACAGUUGCCAAUGUCACAAAAUGGAGAGCUGAGAUCAAAACGUGGCUCCUAGAUAGGCGACCACAGGGGGCGUGUCUCCAGGAAACCCACCUCACAGCUAAAGAACAGCAUCUUGCCAUCCAUCAGUUGGAUCAGGCCGGGUACGCUGCCUGGACCCUACCGGCCCACCCAACUGAGGGGGGAAAAAACUCUGGAGGCGUCAUGAUUGCGGUUGAAAAAGAUCGAAAUUUCCGAUUCCUGAGAUCCUUUGGUGUUGAAGGUAAAGGGUAUGUGGCUGUGGUAGGUAGAACCGGGAAGAGGGACAUUGUUUUUAUUUCCAUCUACCUUGAAACCAGUGUAGGCCUCACUGGAGGACACAACCCCACCAUUGUCGGUGAUCUUAUUGCCUUCAUUAAAGGCCUCACCAUUGAAUGGUUUGUAGCGGGGGAUUUCAACCUCCCACCACAAGACAUACUCGAAACCUCGAUUGAGUCCCUCCUGCGCGGGAAAGUGCUAGCUACUAACGAGCCCACCAUCAUGGGUGGCAAUGAAAUCGACUUUGCCAUAGCUAGCCACACCGUCUCAAAUGGGCUCGAAAUCACAACUGAUUGGGACGUUCCCUUCAGGCCCUUCCGGAGACCUGUUGACGAUGAACAGGCACCAUUCCAAGGACAUUUCACCUUGGUUUAUCCCAGCCUCCUCCUAGAGCCGAGGGCGGAUGACGCCAUUACAGCUGGGUUUGCCGGUUUUACUCAGCGUGUUGAGGCGAGCCUCUAUCCCUCAGACAUCAGAGGCCUCCGCAUUGGUCUGAGUCCCAAGCUUCAGCAGGUGGUCCAAUCCCACCUCUCCCAACUCCUUCUCAAUUGGGAGGAAUGCGAUGCAUUCAGGAAAGCACAUCAGGAACAAGCCAAAAAGUACGAGGCCUGGCUCCAAGGUGAUGGGAAAAACCAUCUGCGCCACCUUUACCGGGCACUCAAGACUGAGGAAAACACCACUACUCGCCCAUUUGCGGACCUUGCGGUGGAGGUUAAGCCUCACGCCAGAAGGGCAUGGUGGGCUGACAUGUGGGCCCCAAGUGGGUUGAGCGGCACUCAUGGCACCGACCCUCGCUUGGCCCUGCAGAACCAAGCGAGGAAACAAGCAGCCAACCUCUCGCCCAUUUCGGUGGAGGAAUGGAAUUCCCUCCUAAAAAAGGUCCCAAACAAAGCCCCAGGCCCAGAUGGGUGGUGCUAUGAAAUGCUCCGAGCAUUACCUCAUGAAGCCAUUCUAGAAUUGGCUAGCAUGGUGCGCCAAUGGGAAAUCGAAGCCCAGUUUCCCCAGCACUGUGAUAUCACACAGUACGCCAUGCUCCCCAAAAAUGAAACAUCCGAACGGCCUAUUGGGUUAACCCAUGUCCUUCACAGGAUAUUUUGCAAGGCGAGAUGGCAUCUUAUCACAGAGUGGGAGAACAGUUACAACCCUACCUCUCCCUGGAAUCAGGCAAAGGCAGGGAACAGUUCCCUUGACACGGCCCUCCGCCGCCUUAUCAGGGCUGAAACAAACAAAAGAGAGAAGCGUCACACCAUUACACUUCUCCUUGAUCUAACAUCCUUCUAUGAGACUGUCCCACAUUGGCAGCUCCUAGCCCAGGGUGUCCGACACUCCUUUCCCCCGCUUCUACUUGAAAGAGCGUUAAGCCUUUACUCAGGCAGCCGAUACAUAGAAGCGCAGGGGAGUCUGUCUCGCCCCAUCCGAGCUACAAGAGGUCUCAUAGCAGGUUGCCCUCUCGCCCCUGCUCUUUCCAGAGUUGUGCUCCACGAUCCGAUCUCGAAGAUGCACUCUGCCUCCCCUGUACACCACAUCGAUUUGUGGGUGGACGAUUGCUCAGCAGAUUUUGUCGAUUCUCAUGCGCCGACAGUCGCUGCUCAAGCCAUCAAGUGUUACAGGGAGCUUCAAGCUGACCUCGAGAAUCAGGGCCUGAUGGUCAGCACCACCAAAACGGCUUUCAUCUGCUCAAACAAAGCCUCGGCCAGAGAGCUGCAAUCCUUGCUUGAAGAACAUGAACCCCCCAUCAAAACCUUAGGCAAGGACCUUGGUCUGGAUUAUGCUGCGGGGCAGAGGAGGCGAAUCACAGUGGCCAAAGGCAGGCACGCUAAAGGAGGGCAGCGAGCCAGGAAAUUGACCAAGCUGCAAGUCAAAAGCACUAGCAUCAGAGUGAGACUCUUCAACGGUUCCAUCCGGUCCUCUGCCUUGUAUGGGCAUGAAGGGGUUGGGGUAGCGCCUAAACGGCGCAAAUGGUUCAGAAGUUUGCUGGCUGCAGCCUUGGGCAGACCCACGCUUGCCAGCACUGACUCAGCCCUUGAGUUCCACUCGAACAAAGUUGUAGAUCCAGCCUACACCAUCUUGUCGCAGCAUUUCAAGGCGAUACGGAGGCUUCUUCUCAGCUGGCCCGACAGGGACAUUGGCAGAUUGCACCAGAGCUGGAACAAACUCGGGCAAUGGCUGAGCGAAGCUGAACAUCCCUGGAAAAGGGCGGCUGGACCGCUUGGAGCCGCCUGGUGCUACCUUCAAGAGUUGGGGUGGGAGGCCAUCAGCCUCAGUAAGUGGCGUGUUGAAGGCGACAUUCUUGACAUCCGUCAGGGACCUGACUUCCAUAGACUUCUUUUCCAGCUAAAACAUCUAAUUGACACCAGGCGACACCGCCGCAUUGCUCAAUCAGAUGGUGGCAAAGGAUUAGAGACAGGACCGGACUGGACAGCGCUGUCAAGGCGUCUCCAACAGCCACGUGUUCCCUGUGCAACCUUCCUGCCACCAAGAAGCAUGUACUCUGGGAAUGCAAAUGGUGGAAAAAGCAUGGUGAACAACCGCCUAGAUGGUGGGAAGAUUACCCGGAGCAUCAAUCCACUGAUUGUCUGUGGAAUUUUGGGCUCAUGCCCAACCUUCCCAGGGAAAUGCCCUCCGGAGAUUCCAUUCUGGAAGUCCAAGGAGUCCUACGCAAUCCUGACCAAAUCCCUGAAGGCGCUUUCGCGGCCACUGACGCCAGUGGGGCUAAAGCCAUCCAACAAGCGGCCCUUCUCCUUCCAGAAGGGACCGACGUCACCAGUGAUUGCAAAGGGGCCGUUGCGCGUGCCAGGCCAAGAAUGGCGGCGCAACAUCAAUGCUGAGGUUGAUGCAUUGGUGUCCAGACAUGCCAAAGCCCUCUACAGCACUGAGCGUGCAGAAAGGCUGCAGAAACAGGACAAACUGGCUACCGAUGUGGCCAGCUUUUUAGGACGCCGGCUCCUCUCCUUGCUUGAGGGAGGCCUGGAUUCCCCCACCGUGAAUCCGGCGGAUGGCAUUCCAGGGAGUAAAGGCGAGAUCCCCUUCAAGCGGCCUUCCAAGAAGGAGACUGAUGCAGAAGCACCAGCUGCGGAGUCCCCCUCGCAAUCGUCGAACUCAACAGAGCUUCGACGAGCCUCACCCGACCAACCGCGGCACCAACCCGAGCCGAGCCCAACCCCACCUGCCGAGGGGGGAGAGGCAAGCACUGACCCCAUGCCAGUCAAGCAGGAAUCAACCGAGGAGUUUAGCUCCGAAGAGUCGUCAGGAGAGGCGGCACCUCUUCCACCUUGGCCUCUCUUGGCAGACAGCCUCCACCUCACGGUUGACCGGGUUCGCCGUAGCAACAACCGUGACUUCUGGCUGUCUAACCUCGGCCCAACCUUGUGGUUGGAUUGUUUCCCAACCUUCAAGGGUUCCAGCCUCCUGGGCAUAGGGGGAACGCGAGCAGUGUACACCUCACCUACCUCAGAAGGCAAGGUGUGGAAGGUUGCUCUCAAAGCAGAUCCCAGCCACCAUGGGAUUGAGCAAACCAUUGGGCAACGGCUCCCAGGUUUAUGUGCCACGCAAACCAGAAUGGUGGGGACGGGACAGCUCACCAUCCGUGACUUUAAGACCCUGGAGAUUGAGGUCUUGGAGGUUGAGCGUCUUACGCUGUUGCCUGACCAGCCCUCCAACCUCCAGGUCUUGCACAUGUUCAUGGUCCUCACAGCCCUUGUGGGUGCUGGCAUUUGGGUAGCGGCGUGGGCCCGAGGCGUCGUCCGUACGGACCAUUCGAGCCCACGGCGACUCGCCAUCGCCUUCAGGCAGCGCCUCCUUGCCACGGAUGGGGGGAAGGAGGUUCUUGGGACUUUGAUCCGUCAAGGGGUCAUCAUCCCUAGUCCCUCGCUGAACCUGUGCCUCCCGAUGACGGUCAAUGGAGUCAACAGUAGCGGGGACUGGUGCUUCGCCUCAAUUGAAGACCUUGAGGCGUAA